GAGCCCGUCUGUGCACAGAGCCUCCUAAUGCUGGAGCUGCCUGGGUCUCUCCAGAAGGAAUAGCCCCUCCUCUCUCCCCUCUCUGGGGUAGUAGUCAUGGCUGCAUUGUAGGGCAGUGGUGCCAGCUCAGCCCCUUGUGACUUCCCUACUCAAGGCACUCCCUUAAGGAAGCCUUGCAUCAUCUCUCAAUUUUGGGGGCAAAGCUGAGGUAAUUAUGCUGGGUUUUGUGCCCCCAAGAAGUAGACCAGGAAGGAGGUAUGCAGUUAGAGAUUCUCUGUCACUCAGGUGAGCCCUCAGUGACAGUGACUGGCAGAAAAUGAAGCCAAACUGGCUGUCAAAGUGGGCUAUCUGGUCACACCAGGGUGACAGUCCCACAGAACAACAUCCAGGCAACGUCAUUAUUUCCUGCAUUUGUGGAAGGAGCUCUCUUUUAUCCAGCAGUGCUGGACAGACCAAUGUGAUCCCUGCCUCCAGAGGUGACAGACAAAGGGCCGGGUCUGAAAGGGGCACCUUCUGCAUCCCCAUUGUCUGUGGCCCAGCCUUUGAGCCCUGCAUCUCCCCUUCUCCGUGCUGAGGAAAUGUGAGAAGAUGGGACCUUCCCAUAUUGGCUCACAGGGGGUGACUCUGUGUCACAAGUAAUCACCCAAAGCCUUCAUGUCCGCUGAGUGUGCGGCCUUGUCUGAUUCUUUAGGGAGUGGAGGUGCUUUCUCAUCUUGAGUCGUUCCUGGGAAGUGUCUGUUUCCAGCCCUGUCAGGUUCAGCAUGUUUUCAUCACCAGUAUGAUGUUCACAUGUGAUUGUUUUGGUGGGCACACACUCACAGUGCCUGCAGUCUCAGCAGCAGAGGGCUUCUGUAUUUGUUGCCUUCCCUAAUUUUCCUUCUUUUCUUCCUGUUUCCUUUGGAACUGCUGAGAUCAGGUUUCAAAUUCAGCUGUGGCAUAAGCAUCCAGCUUCCCAGAGUUUUGUCCUCUGUGCCAACAAGAUGUCUGUCCUGUGUUUUAUCUGCUUCUGAAACAUGUGGGACUGGUAGGGUACCAGGUGGCAUGGUUUGGAGGGGUUUCAGUGUAUUCACGAGAGCUUCAUUUAAAACUUCAGAUGUGUUGUGAUGUGUAGAAGACUGCCUCUUGAAAAAGAAAAGUUUUUAAAAUAAUACCAAAAGCCCCUGGUGAUCAGUCAGACAAGACCUGGCUAAGUCAAACGAGUGGCAGCAUCAGACAGGUUGGUGGUUUGGGAAGUGAGGCUGUGGGUUGCGUAAAGGCAGGAGCCAGAUCAAAGCACCGUGACUGCAGCAGGCAGAGAGGCCUGUCGGAGGUUUUGGGGCUGGCAGGUGGAGGGACAGCGAGGCCACGUAUUGAGAACAGGGACAGAAUUGAAAGAAAGGCAGGAAAUUAAUUCCAUGGUGGAGUACAAGAAACAAGUCUCUUCUACCCAGAGGCUGCACUGAGCAUGUCCUGUGUAGGCUACAGGAGUUGUGGGGGAAGGUGAGACUGGAAGGAAGUGACCUCAGCACCAGUGCAGGAUCCUCCAGUGCUGAACAAGCACUAGCUGAGCAAGCCAGCUCUGCUGGCAGGAAGGGACAUGCAAAUUUUGUUGGGACACCUGGCUAGAAAAAAAUGAAAACAAUCCAGUGGCAUGUUGUGAAGCUAUACUGAAAAAGAAAGAAAAACAUACUCAAAAUACGGUGUUUGAAGGUAUUGUAAUCACUCUAAGCUUAUAUAAAACUAGCAAACAUUGCCUCAAGCAAGAGCAGUUCUCUGCUUCCAAACAGCAGAUACCUUGCAAGAAAAAACAUCUGGCAGCCCUGAUGAAAAAGCCAUGCUGGUACUUCUGAAAAUGCAGAAUUACAGCUCAGAGCAACUAGGUAUAGUAACUGAGGUGUGUUGGGUAAGGGCAGCCAGCCCAUACAAAAGAUCAGAUAGCACAUCAUUAGUCAGCGGACACAAAUACAGCACGCCUUAUUCUCCAGUUCAUCCAGACCUUUAACUGUUCUGAUGUGUCACAUGCAGGGACACUUGUGUGCUACAAAAAUUCCCUGUGCUGCCUAGAGCUCUGUUGUUGGUGCUUACUAAUCAGAUCGUGAUGUUAGAAAACACCAGAGGAACUAUUCACUGGCCAAACUAUAGAGACCACCACUGAAAUAAAAAUAGAGGAGUGAUUUGGAAACUGAAAGGUGUCACUACUACCGUGGGAAGUGGCUUGUGGAAUGGCUGACGUCACAGCAGAGUCCAAAACACGAGACUGGUUUUUGUGCUGGACACGUGGCCCUACAUUAAUUCCUGGGGCUGUACAGAGAGGGGUCAGAAUGACACCUUUGCCUCCCCAAUUGCCGUCAGCAAAGUCCUUGCAUAAGGAGGAGUGAGUAGGUCCUAAUGAAAGACCCAGAAGCAUCCUCCUUUGGUCUGGCACGAACAGCAGCUGAUGUUCUUGUUGGGGAUGGUGCUGUGGGGUCAGAGGGAGCAUGUCUGUGCCUACCUGCCCUGAGGAGCGUUGAGCUUGGGGCAUCUCUGUGCUGUGGGCAGGGGGAGCUGAGCCCAGGUUGCAGGAAUUUGUUGCUUUAGGAUUUGCCCACUUCCCUAAUGGUUCUGUUGUUACCAGAGUGCUGAUCUGUGUGUCACCUCUGGCUUGGGAUUUAGCUCCUGAUGGCUGAGAGUCCUCUGCCAGGCCCACAUGCAGGAGCUUGAGGUGUCCUCCCAAGAGUGCAGUGAGUGGCCAGUUCUAAUCUGUGGAUGAUGUGAAAGAUGAACAAACAAAAGGGGACAGGGGCUGCUGACCUCCGCUGCCUGUUGUCCUCUGCCAUGAAUGUCUGGGACGUUUCUUGGGGCAGUGAGAUGCUGGCAUGGGCCAGCGCCCAGAUCCACUGCCAGUUUCACGCCAGUGAGAACCGGGUGGCACUCCCUCCCUCUGAUGGCAGCAAGCACGAUGUGCAGGCAGAGAACGAGACCGUCUUUGUCCCCAACAGAGGAGAGCGGGGUCAGUGUAUCCUGUCUACCCCACCAAAGAUCCUCUUCUGUGACUUGCGACUGGAUCCUGGGGAGUCCAAGUCCUAUUCAUACUGUGAGACACUGCCUGUCGAUGGCCCCCCCUCUUUCCGGGGGCAGUCUGUGAAGUACGUGUACAAGCUGACCAUUGGCUGCCAGCGCGUCAACUCCCCCAUCAAGCUCCUGCGCGUGCCCUUCCGAGUCCUCGUGCUGCAUGGGCUCAAGGACUACCAGUUCCCACAGGAUGAGGCUGUUGCACCCUCAAACCCCUUCCUGGAGGAGGAAGAGGGCUUGAAGAAAGACUCUCGCCUGGCAGACCUAGCGACAGAACUGCUCAUGGUGGCCACCUCCCGACGCAGCCUGCAUCUGUAUAACAUCAGCAACACUCGUGGGAAGGUGGGGACGUUCUGCAUCUUUAAGACUGUAUAUAAGAUUGGAGAGGAUGUCAUUGGGACCUUCAACUUCUCAGAAGGAGAUAUCCCCUGUCUGCAGUUCUCAGUGAGCCUGCAGACAGAGGAGAGCAUCCAGGAGGAGUUCCAGCGGCGGCGGGGGCAGCCUGUCUCCUUCACCGUGCACGCCCGCCAUCAGGAGUCCUGCCUGCACACAGCGCAGAGCAGCUUCAGCCUGCCCAUCCCGCUCAGCUCAACCCCAGGAUUCACCACCAACAUCGUGUCCCUGAAGUGGAGGCUGCACUUUGAGUUUGUGACUUCUGGAGAGUCAGCGGGGACUUGCUUGGUUCGUGGGAGCCAAUCGGAGGCUGUCACCUGGACUGGGGUGGAGCAGAUGGAAGUGGACACCUUCAGCUGGGACUUGCCCAUCAAAGUUCUUCCCACCAACCCUAUCCUGGCUUCCUAUGUAUCUCAGUUCUCCAGCACUAACUCCAUCACCAUCUGACGUAGGGAGAGGUGGUUGGCUUGCAGAGCUGCAAGUGUGUGCCACCAAUGGGAAUGGCAGGCAGGACUGUUACCAGAGUGCUGUGGUGCACGCAUCCCGGUGUCCCCUUGGAUUCACCUGUGAUGUCCAGGUGGGCUCCAGGCGUGUCUGUCCUGUCAGUGGGUGGAAGAACACUGCUUGAUGCAGUGUCUUGUGCUGCAGCCCCCAGGUGGAGCUGGACCCUUCCUGCCUGGGUGAAGGUGCAAGUCCUAGCACUCAGCAAAAAGAAAUCUGCCUUCCCAGGAAUCUGCUGAUGUGCCUUUACCUCGUAUGGGGCUUCCAAGAAGGAAAGGUCCAGCCCAGGGAGGGGAGAGGGGAGCUCUUCCAGUGAAGCUCCAUACCACCCUUGGGUGAAGGCUGUGCCCUUACAGAGACCGUACAAGCAGAGGUCUGGCAUCCAGGUGAAGCGCAGUGGCCACCUGGGCUGGGUGAGACCCUGCUCUCCUGCCCUGGCAUGUGUCCUGCCUCUUGGAGAGUUGUCCUAUACAUUGAGUCCAGUGUUCCAGCCACCCCCACCUGGAGGAGGUAGGUUGUGGCAGGCUAGCCCUGUGCAGCUGGCAUGUGAAGGUGGGCAGGAUGCAGGCCUGUGCUGUGUCAGUAUGAUCGUGAUGAUUCAAAACUGAGCAGCACUGUUGGCCUGGGCUCCUGGUGUGAAAGCAUCCUGCUGGUCUUUGGAUCCUUGGGGUGCUGUAAGGAAUGCAUGCUGUGCAACCAAGAGCUGGCAUGGAGAUCUCCCUGCUCAAUAGCCAGCUCCCCAUUUUUACUGAACUUUCCGAUGAGCUUUCCUCUUUGCAUGGAAAUGUAAUAAACAUCUAAAUGUGGAAAA